AUGACCUUGAUCGUGAUCGACGGGAAAAGCACGUUCCAUCCGUUGCUCGGGCGAGACUGGUUACAUGUGCUGUACCCAGAGUGGAGGCAAUUUUUUGAGAACGAAGUCGCAGAGGUCGAUCAAAGUGAGGUUAAGUUGGACAGUACUCGCGCCACGUUGCUUUCUAACCUCACCGCACGCUAUCGCGAAUUGUUCACCAAGAACUUGGAAGAACCAAUCGAGACUUUUGAAGCUAGUGUGGUUCUGAAGGAGGACGCCAGGCCGAUCUUCUACCGGCCGUACGAAGUUCCGUUUGCCCUGCAGGAGAAAGUGUCCAGUGAGCUGGAUAGGUUAGUGCGUGAGAAGAUUUUGGUUCCGGUCAAGCACAGUGAGUGGGCAUCGCCGAUCGUGGUUGUGCCGAAAGCAGAUGGGAGUGUACGGAUUUGUAUGGACUGCAAAGUAACCGUGAACAAGGCGAUCUGUACCGAACAUUAUCCUUUGCCUAACAUAAGUGAUGUUUUUGCGAACCUAAGUGGUUACCGGUACUUUGCGAAGAUCGAUCUGCAAGGGGCGUACAUGCAGGUUAGAGUGUCGGAGGAUUCCCAGAAGUAUCUGGUGAUCAACACGCACAAGGGACUUUUUGCCUACCAGAGACUACCCUUCGGGAUCUCAAACGCGGCCUCCGCGUUCCAGUUUAUCAUGACUGAGGGCAUUUUGAAGGGGGUAGAAGGAGUCCAGUGUUAUCUAGACGACAUUUUGUUGGGAAGUGAGACCGUUGAGGGAUUAGUGGACAAAAUUCACGAGGUUCUGGGACGACUGAAAGAGUUCAAGGUCAAGGUGAACCUUGAGAAGAGCGAGUUCUUGGUCAAGAAAAUCGCAUAUCUUGGGCAUCAGGUUUCUGAGAAGGGUCUCAGUCCGUCGGAGGAGAAGGUCAAAGCGAUCGUAAAUGCACCAAGGCCGAAUGAUGUGUCCCAGCUGAAAUCGUUCCUCGGAAUGAUCAACUACUACUCCAAGUUUGUCCCCAAUCUGUCCGUGAAGUUGUGUCCGCUCUACGCGCUGUUGAAGAAGAACGUUCAGUUUAAAUGGUCUGCUGAGUGCGAAAGUGCGUUCGACAAGUGCAAGAAGCUCCUGUUGAGUAACCGUCUCCUAGAGCUGUACAAUCCUGAGCUACCGAUCGUGGUCGUGUGCGACGCGAGCUUGAAUGGCGUGGGAGCCGUUCUGUGCCACAGGAGCGAAACUACCCGAAUCUGCAUCGAGGAGCUCUUGCCGUGGUCUGACCUGACGAAGUUCUUCAAGUACAUCUACGGUAAGCAGUUUACGGUUGUCACCGACAACAAGCCGUUAGCAGCCAUUUUGGACCAGAAGAAGGGUCUGCCGCCGUUGGCCGCGGCGCGGUUGCAGAAAUACGUUUAUUUGCUUUCGAUUUUUGAAUUUGGGAUCGUGUAUCGCAAGGGGUCGAAGAUUCCAAAUGCGGACGCUUUGAGUAGACUACCGGUUUCUGGUACCACCGGGGUCGACUCAGAGAUUGCUGAGCUGUUGAGGGUGACUGAGGAGUCAGCCAUGAUCGAUCUGGAGGUCAUAGGCCGGGAAACUCAGAGAGAUGCUCUGCUGAGUACGCUUUUCCAGCUGGUGCAAAGUGGGUGGGACGAGAGUAACGUACCCGCCGACCUGAAGUUUUACUUCGCAAACCAGAGUUGUCUGUCGUUGUUUAACGAUUGCGUACUUUAUUCGGAAAAAGUUAUUGUUCCGAAGUCUUGCCAAAAACGUGUUCUAGAGCUGAUGCAUGGUUGUCAUCUUGGAAUGAUCCGGAUGAAACAAGAAGCUCGACGGUACGUUUACUGGCCGGGGUUGGACAAGGACAUCGAAGAAUUUGUACAGCGGUGUGAGGUUUGCAGUAAGACCGGAAGAAUGCCGAAGAAGGUUUACUCGAAGUGGCCGGAGGCAAGUAGACCGUUCGAGAGAGUCCAUCUGGAUUUCUUUCACUUUGCUGGAAAAACGUUUUUGAUUGUCGUUGACGCCUACUCGAAGUGGAUCGACGUGAGGUUGAUAACGAUCAACAGUCAAGCAUUUGUGGACUACGCGAGACAGAUGAAAAUUGAGCUGAAGAAGAGUCCGGCGUAUUCGCCCGAAAGUAAUGGUCUUGCGGAAAGGGGGGUCCAGACAGCCAAGAGCGGUUUGAAGAAACUGAUGGCUGAUCCAAAGUACGGUAGCUGUAAGAUUCCGGAACUGGUCGAGGUUUUCCUGUUUAGUUACCGGAACAGUUACUGCCAGGCGCUAGGGUGUUCGCCUGCGAGCAAAAUCUUUUCUUUUGUGCCAAAAACCGAUUUGGACAGUAAUUUGAAGCCGAAGCAAGAAAAGGUAAAGAAAAGGGUUAGAUUUGAUCUGCGGGUCAAAGAGAAGAUCAUUGAUAAGCGGGAAAGUGUCAAUGAAAAGCCAAGGGUCAGGAAAAACGAUGAUUACGCUGUAGGAGAUCUUGUGUGGUACCGUUGUGAGUACAAGACGAUGAGAUCUUGGUUGGAAGCCGUGAUCGUGGGUGUUAACAGCAAGAAUACGUACUACAUUGAGCGGGAAAGUGUUUUCUCCGCUGGAGCCAGCGCCAAGGCGUCUACUGUUGUCAAGCCCGAGAUCGUGAAGAAGCAUUUCUACUACCACUUUGCUUCGGAAGCCCAUGCUGAGGCCCGCGUCGAGAACCAUCCCCAGACCCACUACAAGGUCCUGUUCAUCAAGACGCUCGUACCCGUACCCAAGAGAUGA